AUGCCCCCUUCCAAAGAACCCCCCGUGCUCAUGUCUAACGCCGCUUUCCCUGGUUGUCGCACUAUCUCGCAGCACCUGAACGACCUGAAGAAGGAGAACUUCAGCCUGAAGCUCAGGAUCUACUUCCUGGAGGAGAAGAUCCAGCAGAAGUUCGAGGAGAGCGGCGAUGACGUGCACAAGAGGAAUAUCGAGUUGAAGGUUGAAGUGGAGAGUCUGAAGAAUGAGCUGGAGGAGAAGCAGCAGCUUGUGGACAAAGCUCUGUCGACGGCGGAGAGCUUGUCCAAUCAGAGCGAAGCAGAGCUGCAGCGUCGCCUGGCGGAGCGUCAGGAGGAGAUCAGCCACAUGCAGGAAAUCCUGCAAACCAAAGUUCAGCUGCUGCAGGAGGAGGCGGAGUUAGCGCGCUCUGAGGCUGAGCGCAUGGCCUCGCUGGCGGACUCUGAGUCUCAGCGCUGCCUCGCUCUGGAGAGAGAGAUGGUGGAGAGGAUGGAGGAGAGGAUGGAGGAGAGCGGCGGCUCAGGUGGACCGUUCACCCAACACGCUGUGGCCGACAAAGACAGGACGAUCGAGGAGUUGAAACAGCAGAAACAUUCGCUGGGUCUCCAAGUCGAGGAGCUGGAGGUCAAAGUGCACAAUCUGUCUUCUUCUCUCGAAGAGAAAGAAGCGGAGAGCCCUGGUGAUCACAGAAUCCAAGAAAAGAUGCAGGACUCGGCGCCCCUGGGAAACACAUGA